UUUCCAGAUCGUGCGAUAGGAGCAAGCUCUAGGAAAGAUCUCGUUGGGCCUAAGGGUGUUCCAAUAUUUGGAAACUUUUUCUCAUUCAUAAAAAAAAAGAGUUAUAUUCAAUUUUCGCAAGAGUUGGGAGAUAAAUAUGGAUCACUUUU